GCUCACUGGUGGAGGGAAGGAAGACUUUGACGUUUUCCAGAUCAUUGGUAGCGGUGCUACAGCAGUUGUCCAGGCAGCGCUGUGCAAACCCAGGCAAGAACGCGUAGCAAUAAAGAGGAUCAACUUAGAAAAAUGCCAAACCAGUAUGGAUGAAUUACUUAAAGAAAUUCAAGCAAUGAGUCAAUGCAAUCACCCCAAUGUGGUGACCUAUUACACAUCUUUCGUAGUGAAGGAUGAACUUUGGCUGGUUAUGAAGCUGUUAAGUGGGGGUUCAAUGCUUGAUAUAAUAAAGUAUAUUGUCAACAGAGGAGAGCACAAAAAUGGUGUCCUUGAAGAGCCCAUAAUAGCAACAAUUCUUAAAGAAGUUUUGGAGGGUUUAGACUAUCUACACAGGAAUGGGCAGAUUCACAGAGAUUUGAAGGCUGGCAACAUUCUUCUUGGUGAAGAUGGCUCUGUACAAAUAGCAGAUUUUGGCGUUAGUGCAUUUUUAGCAACGGGAGGUGAUGUUACUCGUAACAAAGUAAGGAAAACAUUUGUUGGUACUCCAUGUUGGAUGGCCCCUGAAGUAAUGGAGCAGGUGCGAGGUUACGACUUCAAGGCUGAUAUGUGGAGUUUUGGGAUAACAGCCAUUGAGUUAGCAACAGGAGCAGCACCUUAUCACAAAUACCCACCUAUGAAAGUGUUAAUGCUGACGCUUCAAAAUGACCCUCCCACUUUAGAGACAGGUGUAGAGGACAAGGAGAUGAUGAAAAAGUAUGGCAAAUCCUUUAGAAAACUAAUUUCAUUAUGCCUUCAAAAAGAUCCUUCCAAAAGGCCCACAGCAGCAGAACUUUUAAAAUGCAAAUUUUUCCAGAAAGCCAAGAAUAGAGAGUACCUGAUUGAAAAGCUUCUCACUAGAACGCCUAAUAUAGCACAAAGAGCAAAAAAGGUGAGU